AUGCACCUUACCAUGAGUGCAUUGAUACUAGCGGCCACAGCUGUCACUGCUCACCCCGGAUCCCAUUCUAGUCGUCGACCACCUUUUCAGGGCGACUUUACAAUCAAUCAAUACCAACUCUACCCCGAGAACGCAGACUUCGACUUCAAGACCGGCAAGCUCUACAUCGGCCAGCUCUGGAACGCCUCGCUCGGCAUCUACGAUCCUUACACCCAGCACCAUGAAGUCGUCGACUUCCCGGGUAUCUCUCACAACCCACUGCUCAACAUGGGGGGCGUCGGCGUAGAAACGCGCACCGGCCGCGUAUCCAUUGUCGCAAACGGGCCUUUGGAGUUCCCCACCAACGGCGCGAACAUCGCUGGUGAUCGCUGGCUUAUCUCGUACGAUGCGAAACAGAAGAAGGAGGUCUACCGUGUGAACCUCACUGCUACCUCGCAGGGGAAAUAUGGCGGCUUCCAGGACGUCGAUUACGAUCCCGCUGGUAACACAUUCGUCGUUGGCUCGUUCCCUGGCACACUUACUAAGGUGUCUAAAGACGGGAAGAGGGUUACGCCGUGGUAUCUCCCCGCUACCAUCAAUAGCACCAAUAAGGGCUUGACCGGUAUUGCGACUGUUGGAUGGGAUUUACUGGCCUACGGCGACGAAAGCGGCGAGCUGUGGAAGUUCGACACCCGCGCUGAGAAGGGCGUCCCGACUGUUGUGCCUGUGAGCAGAAACCACACCUUUGCCCCUAGCGAUGCUAUAUACCUGCCACUCAAGUACGGAAACAAGGUCUUGCUCGUUGCGCAUAGCGCUGCGGGCGUGAGCGUGUUCGAGUCGAAGGACGGGUGGAAGAGCGCGAAGUACAAGGGUACUGUGCCGCUACCUCAGCUCGACCCCGGAACUGUCCUCGUAGCACCCGUCCAGAUCGGUGACGGCAUCUACCAAAUCUUCGCGUACUUCGGCGAUUCGGGUCUCGGCGGACAGGGUACAGCGGGCAACCGAACACAGUUCCCUUUCCACGAUAUCUCAGAUCAAGUGGACAUGCUGCUAGGGAAGUGUGACAAGGAACAUCAGCGACGGUCUGAGGACGAGGAGAUCCCUGCAUCGCAUUGGUACUACAAAGUACAUCAGCGACGAAGCGAGGAGACAGGAGCUGUGAACCCGGCGAGCUGGUAUUACAAGGGCCAGGAACGACGAGAUGAGGCUGUUGGAGAAGAGAUCAUAGAAACGGCCGGUUGGUACUACAAGGGUCAUCAGCGAAGGAGCGAGCAGUUCGAGGAGGCUGGUCUCGAGACAGCGGGGUGGUAUUACAAGAGUGGAGGAUCAUGA